AUGUCUGAGGAAAAUCAACAGAGGCCAGCUUCACCUGGCGGCUCGCUGGAUAUCGACAUCCAUUCGUCUGGACUGCCAAGGAAGGACACCAUUCAUUUGACUCCCUACUCCGCACCCCUGCUCUAUGAUGAUAAUGAUGAUGGUGCCCAAACUGGUACAAGAGGGCGGCCACGGACACAAUCUCGGAGUAGAGAAGAUCAGCGUUCUCCGUCUAUGCAGUCGCUUCUCCCCGUUGACUCAAAUCGAGAUGGACGAAGGACAUUAUUGCUUAUCUACAUUCACGGCUUUGUGGGGUCGGAUACCAGCUUCCAGAAAUUUCCUGCGCACGUUCAUAACUUGCUUGCUGUCAUGUUGUCUGAAUCUCACGUUGUUCAUUCCAAGAUUUAUCCCAGAUACAAGACUAGAAAAGUCAUCGAGUUUGUCAGAGACGAUUUCAGUCACUGGCUGUCACCUCACGAAUCCCCUGAAACAGAUGUCGUGCUCGUAGGGCACAGCUUGGGUGGUAUUCUUGCAGCGGAGGUUACCCUCCUUGGACCGUCAGAGCCGCUGAACCCCGAGAUGUUUAAACAUCGAAUCAUGGGAACUAUCAAUUUGGAUGUUCCGUUCCUAGGUCUGCAUCGCGGUGUCUUCACCACUGGUAUUGGCAGUCUGUUUAGACCUAAAAAGGACAAAAAGGAUGAUCCGCAGAAUCAGCCUUUUCCUGUUGAUUCCUCAAUCCUUGCACCUCUGUUUUCCUCCCCAGUCGAUCCCCAUUUCGACCCUGCAUUUCCAAAUGACAUCCGGCUCACGGAACGCUCGCAACUAGAUGGAGCUUUGAAUUUUAUAUUUAAAAACUCCAACCACCUUGUAGAUGCCACAAAAAGAUAUAUUUCUUCGCAUGUGGAGUUUGGUUUUUGCAUUGCUGAUUACCCGGGGCUGAAACGGCGAUACAAGCGUUUGAGGGAAUUAGAAGACAUUGACGAGUAUAGUCAAAUGCAGGAUGGGAGCGGUCGACUAUUCCGCCGCAUUCGAUUUGUUAACUACUAUACUGCAGCCACUGGAAGAAUCAAAUCUCCUGUUAGAGGCAGUGGUGAGGGAGCGUUGAACCGAAACUUGGUUGAUGGGCAACCGACAAGUUCAGGCACCACAUCUUCCCCUGGGCCAGGCCACGUAAGGUCAUUAUCCGUGGACCCUAAAAGGCAAAACGAAGAGCAGGUUGGAGAUAUGGUUUCCGCUGUCCAAGUAGAAAAUGGCAAAGGAAGCACCGCUGGGGUUCCCAUAUUGAUGGUAAAACCUGCCAAUAGCUCACCAGAAAACCCCAAUACUACUACUCCCUUUGAAGCUGUAUCUCCGGAUAUCUCACCUCCCCUCUACCAACCACCAGAAUUCAACCCUUCAUUAUACGAUUCAAAGGAGCACCUAAAAGAAGCUAAGAAAGAGCAUUUUUGUCAAGUGAAAGUCUACGAAAGGGCAUUGAAAGACAAGGAGAAAAAAGUAAAAGCUUAUAAUAAACUAGUCAGCAAACAGGAACGAGCUGCAGAAAAGGAACGACUGAAACAAGCCAAAGAGACCGCGAAUACCCCAUCACCUCACGCGGUUCCAGAACCAUUACUCCCUCUAUUAUCACCAUCCCUCCCCUCUUCCCCAGCAAGCCAUAUAGACAACCUAUCACCUGCGAGUGGAGCGCCAAACAGCAUUGAUGACAUUGAAUCCCCCUGCAGCACCCCUCCCAUUAAUACAAACGCGCACCCCAAAGUCAAGAAAGAUCGGAAAUUCUGUGCUCUACCUCCAAGAGAGACCAAUGGUGAGCGAGACCCAUUGUGGGUGCGGGUUUAUAUGGAGGGAGUGGAUGAAGUUACUGCCCACCAGUCCCUAUUUGUUUCUCGAAAUGCCGGCUACGAUCGGCUAGUAGGAGAUGUGGCUGCGCGCAUUGAGGGUUGGGUGCAGGAUGACCUAACCGCACAGAUGAUAAGGAAUGAUUGCAAGAUAAAGAUAUAG